AUGCCGUGGUCACAGGACGUCAAGGCAACAUGGCUCGAAGAAGUCAUCUUUCUGGGAACAGGCACGAGUUCACAGGUGCCAGCCAUCCAUUGCAUCACUGACAAGAACUCAGAUUGUGUGACGUGUACAGAUGCCAUGAAACCAGGGAGCAAGAAUCGCCGCUUUUGCACAUCAGCUAUUGUCCGUGGAAGUAAGCAAGGAUGUCCUGGUACCAGUUCGACGAUCCUGAUUGAUUGCGGUAAGUCUUUUUACGAGUCGGCCCUACGUUACUUCCCUGUGUAUGGACUACGAAACAUUGACGCGUUGCUUUUGACGCAUGCACAUGCCGACGCUAUGUUGGGACUUGAUGAUUUGCGCAGCUGGACGAUGAAUGCUUGUAUCCAGACGCAUGUUGAUGUGUACCUCACGCGCGAAUGUAUGGAUACAGUGCAGCAGACGUUUCCGUACCUUGUGGAUACAUCGCGCGCCACAGGCGGCGGCGAUGUCGGUGCAUUGCGCUGGCACAUCAUUGACCCUCAUACACCAUUUCUAGCCGGGCCGCAGCAAGUGCCAGUUCAGCCUUUGUAUGUGGAACAUGGAUACACGCAUGGUGGCCGUGUGCCAUUUGCAUGCCUUGGAUUCCGCAUCGACUCCAUGAGCUACAUCAGUGACUGUGUACGUACAAGCGGGUGCACGCAUCUCUGUCGCAGAAGAUCUAACAGCCAGCACCAUAUACCUGAGACAACCAUGGAAAAAGUCGUGGGUAGUGAUCUCUUCAUUCUGGAUGGCCUAAAGAUGAACCGUCAUACAAGCCAUUUCUCCAUUCCUCAGGCGAUUACAUGCACAUUGGAUCUGUGCAUGCGCCAUGCACAUCGGCAGCUCAGUCCACCUUCCUUGACGGUACUCACCGACAUCACACACCGCCUAGAACACCAUUCCACAGAGUCACAGAUCGUCACGCUUCUUGACGGACUCGCCGCAUGGCUUCAUCAGCAGGGCUGGAGCGCGACAGAUGCGCCUUCCCGGUGGUGGACACGCAUCUGGGACGAGCAAGAGAAUGAGCUGCACGAGCGCCUCCAGCUCACUCCAUUAUCGUCGUCUCUGUCUAUUAAACAUGCGCACCCACUCGUGCCAGACAUGCGCGUUGCGUAUGACGGCGCGCGUGUCACGUUUUCUAGGCACGUCUAG